UAAACCAAAUCGAAGUGCUAAAAGCAAACGGUUAUACUGAAAUUUUUUAUUCAUUUUGUGCUUAAUGUGAAAGCAGUUGAACUGAGACAACAACAACAAUAACGAAAAACAAAUACAAUUGUGGUUUCUGUGCUAAUAAAACUGUUAACAAUAUUAAGCAGAAACAGUUGAAGUGAAAAAAAAACAACAAACCAAUAAAAGCAAAUAAAGACCAAGCAAAACAAGUAAAUAUUUAAAGAAGAGCAUAGCAAAGCGAAAAGUAUUUAAGCAAGUGCAACGGUAACAGCGUAUAAUGGCACCAAUAACCACUGACAAUUGCGAAUUUGAAUGUGCAACAAGUGUUGAUAGCAGCAUCAAUAACAAUACUAACUUUGAAAACGCUAUCGAUAACGAUAACGAUAGUGAGAACGUGAACGCGUCGCGUACGAACGAACAGUCGAAUGAAUUGGAUUUGAAUCAAGUGCAAGUGGAAGGUGAACAUGUCGAGCAUGAGGAGGAGGAGCAGCAGCAGCAGAUGCCCUGGGAGGCACCUGGCAAACAGGGUCUCUACGAUCCGCAGAACGAGCACGAGGCAUGCGGCGUUGGCUUCAUUGUGGCCAUCGAUGGCAAACGCUCUCACAAGAUUCUACGUGAUGCCCAGACCCUGUCAGAACGGAUGAAUCAUCGGGGCGCCUGCGCCUGCGACAAUGAUACCGGCGAUGGCGCUGGUGUAUUGGCUUCCAUUCCGCACCGACUCUAUGCCAAGGCUCUUGCUGCGCAGGGCGUAAACUUGCCGGAGCUGGGCAACUAUGCCACGGGCAUCUUCUAUUUGGAUGAGGCGCAGCAUGUCGCCGCCGAGUCGGAGUUUAAUGAGCUUGCCAAGAGUCUGGGUUUGUCGGUGCUCGCCUGGCGCACAGUUCCGGCCAAUCAGCAGGCCAUCGGCAUCGUUGCCCGCAAAUCGGAGCCGUUGUCACGUCAGGUUUUCGUCGCUCGGCCCGCUGGCAGCGAUGAGAAGUCGUUUGAGCGUCAGGUGUUCGUGCUGAGGAAGCGGGCGACUCAUGAGCUGGGCAAGCCGGGCAGACGCUUCUAUAUUUGUUCGCUAUCGGAUCGGACUGUCGUCUACAAGGGUCUGUUCACCUCGGAUCAGUUGUGGGAUUACUAUACGGAUCUCAAGGAUCCCGAUUUCGAGACGUAUAUGGCGCUGGUGCACACGCGCUUCUCCACCAACACCUUCCCUAGCUGGGAGCGUGCCCAUCCGUUGCGUGUUCUUGCCCACAACGGGGAGAUCAAUACGCUGCGUGGCAAUGUCAAUUUGAUGAAGGCCCGUGAGGGUGUUAUGCAGUCCGACCUUUUUGGCGAGCAGCUCAAGAAGCUGUAUCCCGUCGUCGAGCCAAAUCUCUCCGAUUCGGGCUCCUUCGAUUGUGUGCUCGAGUUCAUUACAAUGGCAAGCGAGCGUUCGCUGCCGGAAUCUGUGAUGACCAUGGUGCCGGAGGCAUGGCAAAAUGAUCGCACCAUGCCGCAGGAGAAGCGUGACUUCUAUCAGUGGGCCGCCUGUGUAAUGGAGCCCUGGGAUGGUCCGGCACUCAUUAGUUUCACGGAUGGCCGCUUUAUUGGCGCUGUACUGGAUAGGAAUGGAUUGCGUCCGUCACGUUUCUAUGUGACCAAGGAUAAUGUGCUGGUCAUGGCCUCCGAGGUUGGUGUCUACGAUGUGGAUCCAUCUCAAGUGGCGCUCAAGAGUCGCUUGAAGCCCGGUCGCAUGCUGCUCGUGGACACCAAGGAGCAGAAGCUCAUCCAGGACAUUGAGCUGAAGGCACGCAUUGCCAAGUCGCGACCACAUUCGGACUGGCUGCAGCAGAAGAUGAUCACGCUUGAUGAGAUUCGCAAUGCAAAUGUGCUCAACACGCCCAUUGAGGAGCCAGCCAAGCCGCCAGCCUCGCAGCGCGGCAUCUUUGAUCCACGACUCUCGCUGUUUGGCUACACCACGGAGACGGUCAACAUGCUGCUGAUUCCCAUGUUCAAGAACAAAAAAGAGGCACUUGGAUCCAUGGGCAAUGAUGCACCGUUGGCUUGUUUGUCCGGCUUUCAGCCCAUUCCGUAUGAGUACUUUAAGCAGCUGUUCGCCCAGGUGACCAAUCCACCGAUUGAUCCAUUCCGCGAGAAGGUCGUCAUGUCCAUGCAGUGUCCCGUUGGGCCGGAGGCAAAUCUGUUGCAGCCAUCGGCACAGCAAGUGCAUCGCAUUUGGCUGCCCAAUCCCAUACUGAGCAUUCCAGAUACCCAGCUCCUGAAGCGAAAUACGCAUCGUGGCUGGAAGACCAAGGUCCUGGACAUUACAUUCCCAUACAGUGAUGGCUAUCAGGGCUAUCUCGAUUGCAUCGAUCGCAUCUGCCGCGAGGGCGUCAAUGCCGCCCAGGCUGGCUAUCAACUGCUCGUCAUCUCGGAUCGUGAAGCUGGCGUCAAUGAGCAUGUGGCGGUUUCCGCUCUACUCGCACUGGGUGCACUGCAUCAUCGUCUGAUUGAGACGCUGCAACGCAUGAAGGUCGGCAUCAUUGUGGAGACGGCCGAGGCACGCGAAGUCCAUCAUGUUUGCGUCCUCCUGGGCUAUGGCGCCGAUGUCAUUUGCCCCUAUUUGGCCUUCGAGUUGGCUGAGGCUCUGCGAGAUGAUGGCGUCAUUGCACCGGACACAACAAAUAAGCAGAUCUAUGCCGCCUACGCUCAGGCCAUAGAUACGGGCAUUGCCAAGGUGAUGGCCAAGAUGGGCAUCAGUACGCUGCAGUCGUACAAGAGCGCCCAGAUCUUCGAGGCAGUUGGCUUGGGUAAGGAGCUAAUUGACAAGUGCUUCCGUGGCACACAGAGUCGCAUUGGUGGCGUCACUCUGGAGAUACUCGCCAAGGAGGGCCUCGAACGUUUCCAGCUCACCUACGGCAAGGUGUCGCCGGAUACGCGCAUUCUGCGUAAUCCCGGACAGUAUCACUGGCGCCAUGGCGGCGAGGCGCACAUCAAUGAGCCCAGCUCCAUUGGCAGUCUGCAGGAGGCGGCCGUCAACAACAACCAGAACGCCUUUGAGGCUUUCAAGAAGACCACCCUGGAGAGCGUCAAACAAUGCGCCCUUCGUGGUCAACUGGAGUUUGUUGAUGAUCGCAAGAAGAUCAACAUUGACGAAGUGGAGCCAGCUAGUGAAAUUGUUAAGCGAUUCGCCACUGGUGCCAUGAGCUUUGGCAGUAUCUCGCUGGAGGCGCAUCAGACGCUCUCCAUAACCAUGAAUCGCAUUGGCGGCAAGAGCAACACCGGCGAAGGCGGCGAGGACUCUGAUCGCUAUCUGAAUCAAGAUCCGAAUCACAGCCGUCGUUCGGCCAUCAAGCAGGUGGCUUCGGGUCGCUUUGGUGUGACCGCCUCGUAUCUGGCCAAUGCGGAUGAUUUGCAGAUCAAAAUGGCUCAGGGUGCCAAGCCCGGCGAGGGUGGCGAGCUGCCCGGCUACAAAGUGACGAAGGAUAUUGCCAAGACCCGGAAAUCGGUUCCGGGUGUGGGUUUAAUAUCGCCACCACCACAUCACGAUAUCUACUCUAUUGAGGAUCUGGCCGAGUUGAUUUACGAUCUCAAGUGCUCCAAUCCCAAUGCACGCAUCAGUGUCAAACUGGUCUCCGAGGUGGGAGUGGGCGUUGUAGCCUCCGGCGUUGCCAAGGGCAAAGCCGAGCAUAUUGUCAUCUCUGGACAUGAUGGCGGCACCGGCGCCAGCUCCUGGACGGGCAUUAAGAACGCUGGUUUGCCAUGGGAACUGGGCAUUGCUGAAACGCAUCAAGUACUUGUUUUGAAUAAUCUACGAUCAAGAGUGGUCGUUCAGGCGGAUGGACAACUACGCACGGGUUUCGAUGUCGUCGUCGCUGCUCUCCUUGGCGCAGAUGAGUUUGGUUUCAGCACAGCCCCGCUGAUUGUCAUGGGCUGCACCAUGAUGCGCAAGUGUCAUUUGAACACCUGUCCCGUAGGCAUUGCCACACAGGAUCCGGUGCUGCGCAAGAAGUUUACUGGCAAGCCGGAGCAUGUGAUUAACUUCUUCUUCAUGCUCGCUGAGGAUAUUCGUCAAAUCAUGGCCAAUUUGGGCAUACGCAAGUUUCAGGAUCUAAUUGGACGCACCGAUUUGUUGCGUGUUGCCAGUCAACGCGGAACCAAGGCUAGCCAUCUGGACCUCAGCUUGCUGUUGAAGCCGGCACUGGAGCUGCGUCCGGGCACCAAUAUUGUGGGUGGCUCUGUUAAGCAGGAUUUCCAGCUGGAGAAUCGUGCCGAUAAUCAGCUGAUUGCCCGCGCCCAGCAGAUCUUUAAUGGUGCCGAAGAUAAUAUCACCGUUAAGAUGGGCAUACACAAUGAGGAGCGCGCAUUUGGCUCCACGCUGAGCUAUCACAUUGCCUGCAAGUAUGGCGAGGCUGGUCUGCCCAGUGGCAAGACCAUCGAUAUCUUCCUGGAGGGAUCGGCUGGCCAGAGUUUCUGCGCCUUCUUGGCACGUGGCGUCAACGUCACCCUCAAGGGCGAUGCCAACGAUUAUGUGGGCAAGGGCUUGUGUGGUGGCAACAUCAUCAUCAGUCCACCAGACACCGCACCCUUCGAGUCGCAUCUCAAUGUGAUCGUAGGCAAUGUGUGUCUCUAUGGCGCCACCGAGGGCAACGCCUAUUUCCGGGGCAUUGCCGCCGAGCGCUUCUGUGUGCGCAAUUCCGGCGUGACGGCCGUCGUCGAGGGUGUUGGUGACCACGGUUGCGAGUAUAUGACGGGUGGAUUGGUUGUCAUCCUUGGCUUGACGGGACGCAACUUUGCCGCCGGCAUGUCUGGUGGCAUUGCCUAUGUUUAUGACAUUGAUGGAUCCUUCAAGCCCAAGGUUAACCCGGAGUCCGUGGAGCUGUUGCCACUACAACUGGCCGAGGAUGUAGCUCUGGUGAAGCAGCUACUCACUGACUUUAUUACCAAAACGAACUCGAAGGUGGCCCAAGAGCUGCUGCAGAAUUGGGAGCACGAGCAGUCCAAGUUUGUCAAGGUAUUCCCCUAUGAGUAUCAGAAGGCCCUCAAGGAUAUGGCCGAACAAGCAGCCGUGGAGCAACCGGUCAAGGUGUCGGCCAUUGAGAAUGGCAAUGGCAAGCAUGAGCCGCACAUAAAGGACAUCGAGGAGGCCAUCCAGGAUGUGGCCCUGGAGCAGAAGCGUGCCGAUCGUGUCCUGGACAAGCUACAUGGCUUCGUCAAAUACAAGCGAGAGGCGGCCCCGUAUCGCGACGCAGGCGUUCGUCAGCAGGACUGGAACGAGGUCUACAACUUGCCGCAUGUGCGCAAGAACCUCAAGAUGCAGGCAGCCCGUUGCAUGGAGUGCGGUGUCCCAUUCUGUCAAUCCAAUUCGACGGGUUGUCCUUUGGGCAACAUCAUACCCAAGUGGAAUGAUCUCGUUUUCCAUGGCGAAUGGCAAGAGGCCCUGCGUCAACUAUUGCAAACCAAUAAUUUCCCCGAGUUUACCGGUCGCGUCUGUCCGGCACCGUGCGAGGGCUCUUGUGUCCUCGGCAUCUCGGAGCCGGCUGUGACCAUCAAGAAUAUCGAAUGUGCCAUCAUUGAUCAUGCCUUCGAGCAGGGCUGGAUUAAGCCUGAGAUCCCUGAAACGCGUACCGGCAAGCGGGUGGCCAUUGUGGGUUCCGGUCCAUCCGGCCUGGCUGCUGCCCAACAGCUGAACCGUGCUGGACACUUUGUGACGGUCUUUGAGCGCAAUGAUCGCGUCGGCGGACUGCUGCAGUACGGCAUUCCAACAAUGAAGCUAUCCAAGGAGGUGGUCAAGCGACGUGUCGAUCUCAUGGCCGAUGAGGGCGUCGAAUUCCGCACCAAUGUCCACAUUGGCAAGGACACCAGCGCCGAGAAGUUGGUUCACGGCUAUGAUGCCGUGCUUUUAACCACUGGCUCCACCUGGCCAAGGGAUCUGCCGCUGGCCAAUCGAGAUCUGCAGGGUAUUCACUUUGCCAUGGAGUUCCUUGAGGCGCAGCAGAAGAAGCAGCUGGGCGGCAAGAAGGAGAUCAUUUCGGCCGAGGGCAAGAAUGUCAUCAUCAUUGGUGGCGGCGACACUGGUUGCGAUUGCAUUGCGACCUCGUUGCGUCAGGGUGCCAAGAGCAUUACCUCGUUUGAGAUAUUGCCAGAGCCGCCGGCAAAGCGUGCCGAGGAUAAUCCCUGGCCACAGUGGCCGAAGGUAUUCCGUGUGGACUACGGGCACGAGGAGGUGCGUCUCAAGUGGGGCAAGGAUCCGCGUCAGUACUGCACCACGACCAAAGAGUUUGUGGGCGAGAAUGGUCACAUUAAGGGCGUGAACACCGUUGAAGUCGAGUGGACCAAGUCGGAGACGGGCCAGUGGCGCAUGCAGGAAGUGGCCGGAUCGGAGAAAUACUUUGCCGCUGAUCUGAUACUGUUGGCCAUGGGCUUCCUCGGGCCCGAGAAGUCGGUGUCCAGUGAGCUGGCCCUGGAACUGGAUCCGCGCGGCAACAUUAAGGCCACCAAUGGACAGUAUGGCACCUCCAAUCCCAAGGUCUUUGCAGCGGGCGAUUGCCGCCGUGGUCAAUCAUUGGUGGUGUGGGCCAUUACGGAGGGUCGUCAGGCAGCGCGCCAAGUGGACUCCUAUCUCACGGGCAAACCCAGUGGUUUACCUGGUCCCGGCGGCGUCAUUGAUCCCACUGUACCCAGGUUCUAAGUACCUGAUCAAGAUGAUAAUGUGGAUGUUGAUGUCAAUGUGGAUGAGGAUGUUGAUGUGGAUGCGGGGAGUUUGUCUGUGUGCGUGCAUCGUCUUUAGCAUAGAAAAAUUCGUUGAUUUUCGCCUCGAAAAACAAUUUGCAAUUUGUGAUUUUUAUUUUCGCGAUUUUAGUUUAGUUUACACACUACACAAAACAAAAACAAAAAAAAGACUUGAGUUUUUUUUACACUAUUAAACACGAUUUUCGCUUUUGGUUUUAUUUGAUGAUGCGACGAUGCCACGCCCACAAGGCGUUGCUGGCCAGGCUAGCUGUCGCGAUGCCCUCCAAAAACGAUGAUCAAAAUGUUGCAAUGAGAGAUUGAGUCAAUUAAGAGUGCAAAACGAAUGUUUGGCAAAUAAAAUAAUUAAACCCAACAAAUUGGGAGGGUCUUAAACCAAUAUCCAAAUUUCAAGGACAAUAACUAGAAAUUAACCGUUUAUGCGUUACGUAAAAAAAAGCUAUAACAUUACAUAAUCGAUAUAUGCAUUA